UCCGGGAAGAGGUGGGUCCCAGGCGCUGCACAUAGAUCCCGGAGCAGCAGCGGCCGAGCAGUGACCCGCCCGGGCUCGGAGCCAGCGCAGUGUGAGCAGAGCCCACCCACUCCCCGGUCAACAACAGCGCCCCGACCUCGGCCAUGCCGCGCCUCGGCGCCGCGCUGCUCCUCUGCCUGCUGGUGCUGAGCCUGCCCGAGCCCCCUGCCGCAGAAUCUCCGCUCCAGUUACCAGCACCACAGAAUGUGACAAUUUACUCAUAUAAUUAUCAGAAUUUAUUGAGAUGGGCUCCUGUUAAAGUGGACAAUGGCUCAGUGUUAUAUACGGUCCAGUAUAGUACCCCAGUAUCCUGUCUUUGGCCACUGUCGAAUGUCAGGUGUCCCAGAGGGAAUGAACAGAACAGAAUAGCCUAUGACUGGGAAGAAAUUAACUGCACAAACAUUACGAAGACUGAAUGUAAUUUCACACAUCCAGAGAUCAAAAGCUUUUGGACAAUUACUUUACGUGUUAGGGCUGAGCUAGGACAAGUGAAAUCUGACUGGGUGGAAACAAAUAAAUUUUUUGCAGACCAAAACACUACUAUAGGGCCUCCUGUUAUAGUAAAUGUGGAUUCAACGCCUGAUUCACUUUUCCUUAACUUCUCGCCCAAUGUAAAAGAAGAUAAUUUACAAUAUCUUGUGCGCUACUGGGAGAAAUCAACAAAUGAACGACAUGAAACAGAAUGGACCAAGAAUACCCGAAUCGGACUUCUGAAUCUAAAGCAACUGACAGUGUAUUGUUUUCAAAUACGAGCAAAACUCCGCUUAUUAAAUGACAACAUUGGACCAUUCAGCAAAACAGAUUGUCACAAAACUGCAACUAGUGAUGCAACCAGAGCUGGAUUUGUAGCAAUAAUAUUUGUUGGAGCCACAGUUACUGUGGUGAUCUUAGCAAUUGUCUGUUUCCUUUUUAUUCAGAAAUUUCAUCAAGUCAUUAAAUAUUGGUUUCAACCGCCUUUUCAAAUUCCACUGCAUAUUGAAGAGUAUUUAAAGGAUCCUGAAAUGCCUGUUUUAGAAGAAUUGCAGAAUAAUUGUGCUGAGGAAGAUCCCUGGGACUCCUUGUCAGUUGUUUCCAACGCAGAAGGAAGUCAAGCCCUUCUGAACACAAAUGUUCAGUCAGACAGCAGAUCCAUUGAAAGUGAAAAAACUUAAUUA